AUGGACCCAGAGGACAUGCUGCACACAGCCAAUGAAGUCCUCAGUGAAAUGUUGGGACCCAAACCUCCUUCUGCUGUCCCUGCAGGAGAGAAUUUUGAAUUUGACACUACUUCUCAGCCAGUGGAAGACUUUAAUGGAGUUUAUGACGCCUACCUUCCUCUGGAGGCAGCUCCACUUGGCUUUCAGCAUCCUGCAGCUGCAGCAACACUAAAUGUUGAGCUGCCUGCUCCCAGCAGCUAUUACCUAAACCCUGUAUCAGAUGACCUGUACAGCCAGGGCCAGUACUUUCCAUAUCAGUGGCCUGAAUAUGAUGCUUCCACAGCAGCCAUCGGAGCUCUUCCACACCUGAAUCUGCCGGUGGAGAUGCCACAAGGUUUGGAACAGAACCUUGAGCCUGUUGUGUUGUUAGGGAUGGUGUAUGGGAACCCAGGAGUAACGUCAUUCCCACCCAUUGGACCUGCUUCUCCACAGUUCUCCUCCCCACCACAAAAAAGAGAGCGCAACUACCACCAGUAUAAACGCCAGCCCUGUGCCAAGAACAAACAGCCCUACGUGAAGAAGCCUCCGAAUGCUUUUAUGCUGUUUCUGAAGGAGCAGAGGCCAAAUGUCACCAGGGACCUUGAAUGCAGAGAUAAUGCUCUUGUAAACAAAGUCCUUGGCCAGAGGUGGAAGGCAAUGUCAAACAGACAACAGGCCAAAUACUUCAAGGAGGCAGAAGGUCUGAGGAAACUUCAUGCAGAGAAAUAUCCAUGGUGGUCACCCCGAGACAAUUACGGCCAAAAGAGAAAAAGAAUCAGGAGGAGGUGUCCCACCAUGUCCAAUGAUGACGACGAGGACUGGGAACCGUGA